AUGUUUUCCGAGUAUGCCUCAAAGUUUCUCGCGCAGUCGCAGUCGAGGCUUUCGAACUUUGGCCAGCCAGAUAACGAUAAUACAUCUCGACAAAACGACUGGUCUUCACGCCCAUCUCGGCCCUACCGAGACGCUGGUCGCGGAAAUGGGGGCCAACGGUCGUUUCUUUCUAGGGGCAACCCAUAUCAGAAUGGUGGCGGAGGAGCAGGAGCCGGCGGCAGCGGCAGUUCGCGGUUUGGCCAGCUCGCGUUUGGUUCUCGCAUAACAGCUGCGCAGGAUGCACCGCUAUUUCACAGCACGCUGGACGAGUUUCGGGAGGAGGAUGACGAGGAGGAGCGCGAUAGGGAAGCGGCUGACCUUUAUGCGCUGCAGAGAUCUCGGCGGGUAGCGGCUGCUAGCAAACUGGCCGACAGCGUUGAAUCAGACGCCAAUAGCCGAGGCUCGAUUGAAGACAGCUCAAGUCAGUUCGACCACCCGUAUCGAGCCCAAGGGUUUGGCCGAGGCAUCAGGAGCAGUUGGAAUGGGACUAGGAGCUCACACCAAAUAUCUGUUGCAAGGGACACGCCGUUAGAAGAGGAGGAGGGAGAAGAAGUUGAUCACGAUAACGAGGAUAGCAGAUAUGGCGGAAGCGACCACGGCGGUGAUCAUAGGGGGAACAUGGUUGAUGUUGGUCUUGGAUCGCAGGAGGACCCUGACGAGGAUCCGCCGGACUCGCUGUUUGGAGAGGCGGUCGACAGCAGUCCCCCAGCGUUCCAGCGGUUCAAGGACCACUCCGGACGAACGCCCCUGAUAUCAAAGUCCGCAAGAAGCGACACUGACAUGGCCAGCACGCGACACACGGAGCCGCCAGAAGUUGACCCAGCUUUGGCGGGAAACAUGUUCAUCGAAGGAGAAAUAUUCCGACAUGAUCCCUUCUUCGCAUGGAUAUUCUUAGUCUGUCUCGCUGGCAUGAUGUCCACUUUUGUCCUGGUAUGGCUAAACACCUCACCAAGAAGCAGCCCUGUGGGAGAUACCAUCUAUAACACGCUGCAAAAAUCGUUCAACAUGCUCGCAGUCGAUACCGUAGUGGCAGUAAUGGUGUCAUUUGUGUGGCUGGCGGCGCUGCGGUCCUUUGUUCGGCCGCUGGUUACUGUUAUCCUAAUCGCUGUGCCGGCCAUCAUGUUUUCCUUUGCCGUCUUCUCGUUUGCAUCGUCAUUCAAGGGGCGGACACAUGGGGCCAGCUUCCAGGAUAGCGUCAUGAGAUGGACAGCUGCUGUCCCUGCAGCCUCGUGCAUAUUGUGGCUUUGGCUUGUCGUCAAGGGUCGGAGAGCAAUUCAGCAAGCCAUUGAAAUCCUUCAAUUUUCCUCAAAGAUUUUGGCUCAAAAUCCGGGACUCCUGCUGGUGGGGUUUGGCUGCCUGGCAUUGAUUGUUGUGUGGACUUGGGUAUGGCUAGCCAUGUUUACUCGGGUGUUCAUGGGCGGGUAUUUCUCAAAGAGUCUGGCCAAAUUCGUGAUCCGCUUCUCUAGCUGGUGGCUCGGUGCAGGCUUUGUCUUCAUGUAUAUGUGGACGCUCUCCGUCAUCAACGCGAUACAUCGAGCGACGACUGCUGCGACUGUUUCUCAGUGGUACUUUCACCGCAACGCGGGACCUUCUACCCCCUCAAAGGAGAUUGUGCUGGCAGCCCUGAGUCACGGUACGACGACAAUAUUUGGCAGCAUUUGUGAAUCAACCCUGCUGUCUCUUCUCAUCCGGGCGCCAUUGAUUUUCCUACCCAGGAGGAUAGGCGCAAUAAUUACAAACGUCGCCUCUUUCUGGAUUCCAACGCCUGUGGUGGCUCUCACAAACCCUCUCACAAUCACUUUUGCGGCCAUACACUCUCAAGGCUUGGCCACGUCUGCCCGGGGCCUUGAUCAGAUGGAGUUUGUAUCGGCUGCAAUCCCUACUACUACGUUGACACCCAGGGCUCUACGCCUACGAGGCCAGGGGAACGGCUUACUGCCUUACCGGCUGGCCAAGCUGCUUCUGGUCGCAACACGACUGAUUAUGGCCACGGGCCUUGGUUUCGCGGGCUGGGUCAUUACAGCGAAGCAGCUGCGAUUCCAGCUCCCAGACGGCGUGGGUGUCCGAGGAUCAGCAUACGCAUACGUGGUCGGCAUGAUGGCUAGUUUCAUUGGGUAUUCGGUUAUGGGCGCAAUGGAAGGCAUUCUCAGCGGAAUUGUCGACGCAGUUUUGAUUUGCUACGGUAGCGAGCGACGGAUGGAAAGGGGCCAUGGACGAUUCUGUCUUGAAGCAGCGUAUCUGUUUGGCGAGCGUCGAGGAAGCGGCGAGGACCUUGGAUAUGCGUAG